AUGGCCACAGACGCGCCGGAUCUGUACCGUUCUCUGGACUCCUCAAUUCCUGAGAUACGCCUUUUCGCCCUAGAUCCCGCACAGACGGAUGAGGGGGCAAUCGUUGGCCAUCUACAAAACGUCCCCCUCAGCUCAGCUCCUGCGUACGAAGCCUUGUCCUACAAGUGGGGGAAGCCAGUCUAUUCCGAACCCAUCACUAUCGCGGGACACACCGUCCUCGUAACCCCAAACCUUGCAGUAGCUCUUCGAGGUCUGCGGCUCCGGGAUAGACAGCGUGUCCUCUGGAUCGAUGCUCUCUGCAUCAACCAAGAAUCACUCCACGAACGUGCCCAGCAGGUUUCGCUCAUGAAAGACAUCUACUCGCGCUGUGUCUGUGACCUGCUAUGGCUCGGGCCUCUUUCUGAACCUGAGACGCAGUCUUGGACGCCCUCGGAGGAAAUCAUGGGCCAAGGGUUUGAGUUGAUGCGACGCCUCGUCGACCGGGACAUGACGGUGCUGAAUCCUAUGAUGAAGGAGUGGAAGGAUCAUGAACAGAUGAAAGAGAGGUGGCGUGCAUCUUACCACUCCACUAAUGAUGACUUUGACAAUCAACUCGCAGGGGGGGAAGCUGCAGGGGAGGAGGAGGAGCAACCUGCAUCGCAGGGAACUCACGACGUAUCACAGGAUAAGGACAAGAACGCCAAGAGGCAAGCAGAGGAAGAAAGGCAUGGAGAUGAGACGGAGGAAACGGGGACUGGAACGGGCAGUGACAUCCAGGAUUGCAUGUUGUCUUCAGAUGAGCAGUGGGCGUUGGACAGCGCCUUCGGCCGCCCAGAUGUGCUGAAGCGUUUGUGGGUUAUGCAGGAGCUCUCUGUUGCUCCCAAGGUGCAGCUUGUUGCUGGUCGCCACACGCUCGACUGGGACGUCGUCUCCGAAUUCUUGGGCGACACCCCGUAUGCUGAUGCCUUCCACGGCACGUUUUCCCACGGCACCGUCGGACAGAUUUCGUACUGGAUCUUUGAGAAAGUCCAGAUCAUAGAUCAUCAAAGACGUAUCUUGAGGCAGGAAGGCGAGUCAAAGCUCCUCGACGUUCUGGCACGGUUCAGACGCACCGAUUGCCUGGACCCUCGAGACAAGAUAUUCGGCCUGCUGGGCCUUGUGACCGACCACAAAGACAUCAAAGUCGACUAUGAGAAGUCUCCAGCGCAGGUGUAUGCGGAUGUCACGGCCUCUCUAAUCAAUCAUUCAGGCAACCUGGACGUCAUCUGCCAGAGCCCCUGGAGUUCAAGUCGAGAUUACCGUCUCCAGACAGAAGACGCCUUGGGCAACCUACCUUCUUGGGCAAUCAACUUCUUAGCGGACGGAGAAAUUGAGCUCUUUGCACAAAGAUCCAUCUUUAAUGCUGGGAGAUCAAGCUGCGAAGUCCCCUGCCGAAGGGUUGGCGAGGAUAUCCUGGUUGCCAAAGGAGUAAUCGUGGGCCGGGUUGGGCCGAUACUACAAGACGACUACCCCCAUGAUGAUGGUAAUGGCUCUGCUCUUCGCUGGAGAUAUGACACUUCUACGCACAUCCCCCUUGACUGGAUGCGUCUUUACUUGAACGAAAAACGGGUUCUGGACAAAAUAUCAACAGACCAGUACAUUACAGGCGAGUCGUCCUUCACAGCCUUCUGGCGCACUUUGACUGUAGACUGCGCCGUGUGGCCGAUGACGCGACUGACGUCUCAACAAAUACGAGAUCAAGACAUGUCUCUCCGCGAAAAUUGGCCACGAUUCCUUGGUGGUGUGACAGAUGAAGGACCGAACAAGUCAAAUUUGGAUAGAGAAUAUUUCUCCGCUCCCGAAAUCCAGCGUAUGUGGAACAGGUUGUAUACACAAUGGUCCUUUUCCACGACAACGAAUGGUCUAUUCAUUCUGGUCAUACCGCCAACAAGAGAAGGGGACUUCAUUGCAUGCCUAGAUGGCGCCAAACUCCCGGUAGUUCUGCGUCCCGUGCAUGACGGCAGCCUUCAAACAUUUCGGAUUGUCGCCGUUGCGUACGUGCAUGGUAUCAUGGACAUGGAGGCAACGCAAUCUUCAGAGCUCCGCGCGAAGCUUGGCCUGCAGGACCAGGAGUUUUGGAUAGUCUAA